AUGUGGCGUCGCGUCGUGGCCGCCGCGCUCGCUCUCGCUGUCUUGUGCGCGGAUGAUCGUCUACCACUGGCAAAGGAGGCUGUGUGCGGAACAGGCGGGCAGGAUUGCCCCAGGUGCAACGCUUCGCUGACAAAGUGGUCCCACUGCACAUUGGAUGCCGAGCAGAGCUUCGCGGGUGGCACAACGGCCUUCCUGAAGAGCAAGGAUUGCCCUGUCGGCAUGGCUGUCUUUGUUAGCUCGACUCUUUCUCACAAGUAUAACUCUUCCAAGAUGGCAGAUGCUGUGCUGACUGCUCCCGUACCACGUGGGGAUGAGAAGGCGAGAGAGAUGGCGUCACAGGUCCUGCGCGCCGCGAACAAGUUCUUGCUUGCGAUGCCGGAAGAGACAGUUGUCAGAGGUGCUGAGAUUGGCGUCAAGGCAGCCAGUCUGCAAUCCAUGUGUUUUGGGGUCUUUCUCCCAAACUCGGCGUGCAGCCUCUGCAUCGAGCACGUUGACCUCCCAGACGCAAAGGUGCAUCUGGAAGUGAGGCAGCAGGUGAAUUGCACAGUCCAGGACUGGAUGACUGGGCUGUGCAAUUGUGCCGGUGCUGUCACACGCGGUCGGCUGUUGGGGCUCUUGUACUCGUACGUGCACGAUAUGCUCCUUAUGAUAGGCCUGAGUUUCCACAUGCCGGACCCGACUCCCACGAACCUUCUGUUGACUUGCAAUCCUGAAGGCAGCACAUCCUUUCAGCCACCAGGAGUGCAGUGGGCCGAUUUUCUGGCCACCAGCAGCGGUCAGUCAAAGCGAGGCUUGCUGGCGGGGUCAGAUCGUGAGAUUGCCGGCAAGGUGACUGUCUUCUUCGGGGCCAUCAUGAUUGGGGCUCAACACCCCGAUCUGGCAUCGGUGCAGCAGAUAGCAGACCUUUGCGUAGCCAGGUUGAAGUUUGGCUUGAAAGAAGGUGUGACCCUUUGCAUGGAGCGAGUGUGGUCCGAGCAGCAGAAGAUGAGCGACGAGGAGCUUCGCGACUUCAGGAGGUUUGUGGCAGGAGAGAUCUUUUUCAACGAGAUUGAUGCCUUGUCAGCUCGCAUCACGGAGCUCGACGCAAGAGACGUAAAGAGGGAGCUCGAGCUCAAGGAGCUCGACGCAAAGAGGGAGCUCGAGCUCAAGGAGCUCGACGCAAAGAGGGAGCUCGAGCUCAAGGAGCUCGACGCAAAGAGGGAGCUCGAGCUCAAGGAGCUCGACGCAAAGCUCGCAGACGUGAAGAGGGAGCUCGCAGAAGUGAAGACUGGAGGCACUCGUUUUCCUUCGUCCUUCUCGCUUGCAGUUCACAACCGGCGCGCGACCUCAAUCUCAUCCGUCUGGGUGCGGGAGCUGAUCCGCAAGGACUGUGCUGUCUGA